AUGUAUCCUCUUUCCUCUCCUGCCGCUUCGCGUCACCUCCUGCACUCACUUUCUCGACCGCCUCCCAGCGACUUCCGGCGUGCUUCAAAUACCCCGUCUCCUCUCUGCCCCCCGCCGUCCGCCGUGCCGCCAGCGGUGCGCAUAAAUGAUGAGCUGCGGGGCGUCCUCACGCGGGAGCUGCGCGGGGAGGGCCUCGUGCGCGCCUGCGGGCUGUCCACAACCGUUGUGCGCCCGUACGCCCUCAGCGAGGAGCUGGUGGGCGCGGCGCUGCACUUCCACCAGGGCGACAACAUGACGCAUUCGGCCCGUUGCGGCAAGGCCUGGGGCUGA